UCUUUAUUUAAAAAUAAUGUAACAAGUUCAAGUUCCUUAAUGAUUAUAUUAAGCUAACAAUGGCAUCGGAAAGCAGAAGAUUUAGUUCUGAGAAUUUGAUAGACAGUGACUUUCAAGAUGAUUAUGUGGUAAAGUGUAUUGGUGCAUUUGGUGUGUGGCAAGCUAUAGUUUGCAUAGUAGCUGCUGUAAUAAGAUCUGUUGCAAUAUGGAAUAUGCUUUCAAUCAUUUUUCUAACUCCCUCAACAGAAUUCAAGUGCGUGAAGUUUAACGAUAGUAGUGUAAUUGACGUAGAAAAUUCAACGUGUUAUGAUAAUUGUGCAGAAUAUACAUUUUUCGAAGAUGUGUUAGAAAAGACUUUGAUCUCAGAAUUUGGACUAAUUUGUGCAGAUUCGUGGAAAGUUGGGUUUACACAGUCUAUGUUAAUGUUUGGGUUCUUGGUUGGUGUUUCCUUGUUUGGAUGGAUAUCAGACAGAUUUGGUCGCCGUACUGGGUUAACAAUAUCAUGCUUUAUCAACGUCAUAUUCAUGUUGGCUGUACCAUUUGCUCCAGGCUACUGGAUCUUCAAUGCCCUACGGUUCUUCAUAGGAAUGGCUUCAGGUGGCACUAUGAUAAUAGGCCUAGUAUUUAUUAUAGAAAUUGUUGGACCACAAUAUAGAGAGGCGGCUGGUAGUUUAGCGUUAAUGCCUGAUGGGCUGACUCAAGCAUUAUUAUCAGUAUUUGCUCAUUUCGCUACAGACUGGAGAAUGUACCUUCUGGAGUAUGCCAUAGCAUCCAUUUUUAUUUACGUGUUUAUUGUAUUACUACCAGAAUCACCUAGAUGGUUGAUGGCUAAAGGAAAUUAUGAAAGAACUGUUGAUGUAAUGACAAAAGCUGCUUUACGGAAUAAAUUAAGUACAGAAGACAUUCAAGAAAAUGUUGCUAAAGCUUUACAUGAAAUGAUGGUGACCGAUAAAGAAAUACGUAAAGCUACUUAUUUAGAUCUUUUUAGAACAAAAGAACGCGCCUUCAAGAUGGUAUCGUCGAUAAUUAUAUGGAUAGCCACUGGAGCAUGUUAUUUCGGCAUUAAUCAGUAUGUUACCUUCAUCGGGUCUAAUGUCUUUAUUACUGUGAUUGUAUUAGGAUCUAUUCAGAUACCAACAUGUCCUCUUGCAAUGAUGCUUAACAAAACAUUUGGAAGAAAAGUCGCUACUGUUGGUUGCCUAUCAAUUAUUGGUAUUACGAUGACUAUCCUCGUUUUCAUACCACCAGGCCAUGUUGCCUGCACAGUUGUAGGAGUCAUCGGUUUCGCAGCCACUUGUACAACCUUAGGCGUAUUGUGCGUCUAUGUUUCAGAGUUGUUCCCUACUCCAUUGCGGACUAUGGCCUAUGGCUUGUGUUCAGCUGGUGCUAAAAUAGGAGCAAUGGUUGCGCCGUUCAUUGCUACUAUCAAUCCUCAUUGGAUUCCUUCGUUGAUAUUUGCAGUAUUACCGUUUAUUGCUUCAAUAUUUUGUAUAUUAUUACCAGAAACAAAAGGGACGAGAUUGCAAGAUACGUUGUAGGAAUAUGAAUUUUAAGUGUUAACGAAUAAAGUCUUAUUUUACAUAGGUUUUUUAAGAAUUUCCGUGUUCUUAUUUCGUAAAAGUAAUUAAGGUUGCUCUAACAAAACCUAAUAAUAUUUCACCAUUAUUGUAACAUUUUACGGUUACAACAUGAUUUAUCCAAGAACGUGACUGAACACUAGAAUUUAGACAUCAAUUAAACUUAACUGCCACGAAAUGUUAUCA